AUGGAUGAGGAGACUAUCACACAAGGUGUUUCUGCAAAGCAAGUGACUCGUGAAAAGUCAUGCUUGCAUCUCCUUAUGACUGCAUGGGAGAUAGAGGAGACUGAGCAUCAUAAAAGACUUCUUGACCUACUUCAGCAGAAGAAUGCUCGGGAAUACGUUGCAGCAUCUAAUGAAGCUCGCCUGUUCAAAAGGUUCAUGACCCACCAUCACGCAAACCAGCUUGAAGAUGACUUUGACUUUGAUGUUGGAACUUACAAGGAGGAGCUACAAGCAUUCAUCAAUCACAACUUCCAUGACCCCAACCAGCUGAUCACCAAGGAUAAAUAUUCCAUGGACCCCUUUGUCAAUGAUGCUGAAUCAGAUGACAAUGACAAAGACUGGGACGAGCCCAUAUCAGAAGUUAGUUCUGACAGAUCAGGCGUCAAAGCUUUUCCAGCUCUCUCUAAGUAUGCCUCCCAAGAAGACAUCAAAGGGAAAGUGGAAGUCAAAGGGAAGAACCCAUGUGGAAAUACUGCUAGCGCUCAGAUUGGACUGGCCAUGGAGCAUCUGGUAGCACCAUCCAGACUGGCUAUGCAGCCACCAGCCAUGCCCCCCCGCACAACCAAGGCCGGUGCCAUAUGUCAAUCCCUGCAGCAGGGGCUACCAUAUAUGUACGAUAUGACACAGCAGAUACCCACACAGUCCACUACCUGUGUGCAGACUCCCAUGCUCAAUGUGGAAGGAGUCCACCAGGCUGUCAAGAGCUACAGGUCAGGCCUGAGGAUGUGGCCAGGCUACAGUGACACAUUGUCAGACAGCCAAAGGUUGAGAAUCGACCCAGUUAGGCAGGCCAUCCAAUUGUGGAAUAGCGCCCAUGCUAGCGGGUGGGCCAAGUGUCGAUGCCAUAGCAUGAAUGGGACAAUUGUAAUGGGCCACAAGUAUCAGAAGAGGGCACAAGUGAGCCUACCGGUUAUUCCUGGGCCCAUCACAAUACUGGGAAGGGUGCGGAUCGGCUCAGUACACAAGCAUCCGGAAGGGCCCAAUUGGUCCUCACAUUCAAUAUGCGGAUCGGUCCAGCUGGUAAGGUUUAGGCCCAGUGCACCAAUAUCCAAAAGGCCCGAACUGGCCCAGCACAUGCACAUUCCCACAGAUUGGGCCAGUCAAGGUGGGCCCCAAUAUGCAGGCAAGUCGGGUGGGCCUACGAUGAAGGAAUUCCCAGUAGUGAUGGGGGUCAUGGAUGGGCCCAGCAAGUUUUUUCGGCCCACUGGAUAUGCAUAUGAUCCUGCCUGGAGGGGCAACGUAUAG